GCUCAUAUUCCAACUGAAUAAAACCUUGAGCCAAAGCAAUAUUACCUUACAUCUUAGAAAAGGCACAUAGAACACCGGUACAAUAGCAACCAUCACAGAAGUGUUAUGAAUAAUCAAAACAUCAUCGAUUCAAACACUGGAAAUGACAUUGAUUCAAUGCUACUAGUACUAAGCUGAAAUAGCAAUAAUUCUUAUAAUUUUUGAUAUUUCAACAAAAAAAUGGUCACUAUUAGGGAAAUAAAUAUUUUCCUUUGCAAGCAUCCUGAGAACUUUUGAGACACUCCCUUCCUAGACACUACUCGUCUUUCACCUGUAUAUUGUAGUAGGUCCUUCCGACAAAAGUAACAAUGCCUGAGUACAAGUUGACCUAUUUCAACGUCCGUGGUCGAGCUGAGCUUAUAAGGUUGCUGUUUGCCGCCGGUGAAAUCGCUUAUGAAGAUGUUAGGAUUGAAUGGGACAAGUGGCCAGAACUCAAGCCAAACACACCAAUGGGACAGAUACCUACACUGGAAGUUGACGGCCAGGUCAUCUGUCAAUCUAUGGCUAUAGCUCGCUUUGUUGCCGGGAAAGCCGGUUUGCUAGGGAAGACCAACAUGGACCAGGCUCGGGCAGACAUGCUGUUAGAUGGAGGUAUGGAUGUGGGGAAACUGUUCACUGACAUGGUGAUGGAGAAAGAUGCAAGCAAAAAGGCAGAAAAGAAGAAAGAGUUCGGUGAGAAACAUCUGCCCCCGUUUCUCGCUCUCUAUGAGGGUUUCGCGGGCGACAAUGGGCACUUCGUUGGAGACUCGUUGACCUGGUCCGACAUCGGGUUCUUCAACAUGAUGGACUUCAUCACGGCUGAGUAUCCUGGCGCUCUGGACGGGUACUGCAAGCUGAACAAAGUCAUUGACAACGUCAAGAGCAACCCUGGCGUGACGAAAUGGCUCAAGGAGCGUCCUGUGACGGACCGUUGAAAUAUCAAGAUAUGACACACGAUCGAAAUCCCUUUACUUAAAUAUUUG